AGUUACAGUUUAAAUUAUUUUCAUGCUGAAAGUUCCAGUUCUCGUUUUAAGGACCAGAUGAUGUAGGAGCAAAAGAUUCAUGACUUCAAAUUGAAGUUAAGAACUUGAAAUUAUUACUUUUUGCUCUAUUUCGAGGCCGAUUUCAAUUGUUAUGAAACGCAUAGUAUUGCGGAAAAGAUCGAGCGAUCAAACCACCCCCAACAAAAUAAGGACAGAACGAAGCAAAGACCACGGCAUAGGCAUUCGUCAUGGACCAAGAUAACGACGACAACGAAAAGGAAUCGAAGAUCAACCGGCAAUCCAGGGGCUUUCUCCAAAACGCCUUGAUCUUAGUGGCAACCCUAACUGUUGUUGGCCUGAUCAUGGGAUACAUCCACACGCACGACCCGCCGCAACUCAGCAAGAACAUUCAGCACCUGGUGGAGAAAUGGGAAGACAACCUGGUAGCACACGAAAGCGCGGCCCAGGGGCAACUAAGGACCCCGCCGAUCGCAACGAAAGAAACCCCGCCGGAGAAGACCUCCAAACAGACCGAAUUCGACCUGACCUUCCAGGUAGAAGAACUGGACCAGAAAGUCCGGGCCCGAAAGAGCACCGAGGGCGUCCUCAUGGAAACCGAUCCCGAGGGACUGAGACUGACCAAGAAAUUGCAAGCCGCGACGCUGAAACUACUUAAGCACCGGUAUGGCUACGGUACUAAACACGAACGAUUCCGCGUACGCGUUGACCUCGUCUAUCCGGAGGUCAUUGUAGGUGAGGGAGAAUCGAAGAAGGCAUUCUUCGUGAUCGAAAUGGCGCCGCCAUCACUCAUCCCUUGCAGCGUUUUCUACUUCAUGGAAAUGGUCCGGACCUACAAGUCGGGAUCCUUUCACCGGAAUGCGGACCACGUGCUGCAGAUCAACGCCCAGACCGAAGCCACUGCGGGCCACAAGUCGAUGCCCUUCCAGGAAUACAGCCCCGAGCACCCCCAUAAGAAAUACACUACAGGAUACGCCGGGCGGCCCAGCGGCCCGGGUUGGUACGUUUCUAUCAAAGACAACACUAAGAACCACGGGCCUGGCAGCCAGCAAAAACACAACCCCUACGAGGCCGAUGCCAAUUUUGGGAGGGUGGUGGAGGGAAUCAAGGAGGGAGUUAUCGACAAGAUGCAUUCCGUUCCCCAGAAGGGUUGGCUGGACAAGGACGACUGUAUCAUCAUUCCCAAGAUGACUAUACUGGUCCAGGCACCCGACGACGAGUUGGAAUGGAUCGAAUGGACACCCGACUUGUAAUACUAUACUAAUUGAAACAAACGAUGUGCUCCUUG